UUUUACUCUAAUGAAAAAUUUUAAUUUAAUUAAUUAUUCAAUGUCUAAGGUUUAAAUUCAUUUGCACAAGGAUGUUAAAUUUGUUUGUGUGGUUAUGUUUCAUAUCAAUAUUGGGAAUUUCAAUAAGUUGUAAAACUGCAAAUGAAGACUUUGUGAUUUAUCACGGAGAUGGUCCUCAAUCAAAUAGCAUAUAUUAUGACAAGUGUGCGCCCACAGUGACCUGCAAUCCAAAUGCUAUUUAUAGGACAGCAAAUGGCUCAUGUAAUAACCUAGAGAACCCGUUGUGGGGGUCUUCUGAAACUCCAUACAUCAGACUUUAUGAAGCUGCUUAUAAUGAUGGUGAGGCCAAAGAGAUGCUGUUCCAUCCCGAUUAAUGAGAUCAACAGUAAUACCCCAUACCAAUGUCAAUUACCUAUUGAGUUGCCAAUGGAUGACCCAGUUUAUGGUCGUCAUGGACGAACAUGUAUGGAAUUUAGACGUGCAAUGACUGCUGCUAAUAAUUUCAACUGUUCAAUAUCUCCCCAAAUUCCAAUGAAUCAGGCGACAUCGUACAUUGACUCGUCACAGUUGUACGGACACACAUCAGUCAAGGCAAAUUCAAUGAGAUCUUUUAAUGGCGGGAGAUUGUUAACUGAAGUCAUAAAUGAAAACGAGUACUGUCCUCUAAGGAAAAGAAGCGGAUCAUUAUUAUGUGAUGGGAGGGAUAACGUGACUGUAUGUUUUGAAGGAGGAGACCCAAGAAUAAAUCAACACUUUGGGAUCACAUCGUAUAGUAUUAUAUUUACCCGGUUUCAUAAUGUUGUGGCUGAUAAGUUACAAGAAUUAAAUCCUCAUUGGUCUGAUGAAGUGUUAUACCAAGAAGCUCGAAAGUUCAUCGGUGCACUAAAUCAGAUAAUUGUUUAUCGGGAUUACCUGCCUAUUUUACUUGGUAAAUCAUUUACAAGCUGCGGUUUGGAUCUCAGUAAUAAUAUAACGACAAAAUACUAUCCGGAAAAGCAUGCAGCUUUGCAUGUGGAAUUUGCAGGCAGUGCUUUCCGAGUUCCACAUAACACAAUAGCUUCGUGUUACAAUUACGUAGACAAAGAUUAUGAGACAGUCGAUUCAGUCAAACUUAACGAAUGGAUGUCGAUACCUGAUCCCUUAGUUAACGGUUCAAAACUUGAUGAAAUAGUCAGAGGCAUGACUACAUCAGAAGGCCGUUUUUAUACGCCGUCUUAUAACUAUCUAAUAUCAAAUUUCAUGCUCCAUAAACAUGAAAAUGGUGGUGAUCUAGAUUUGCUCUCAAUCGACAUUCAGAGAGGGCGCGAUGUUGGAGUACCGCAAUAUAUUAAGAUGAGGAAAUGGUGUGGUUUACCAGAAAUCUGUUCAUUUGAAGAUUUAUCAAAAAUUUUAUCAGAAGACGUCAUCGAAAAAUUGAAAAAUUUGUACGCAACUGUUGACGAUAUGGAUCUUAUUGUGGGAGCUUUACUCGAACCACCAGUUGAUGGUGGAACGGUUGGUCGAACUGCACAGUGCCUCUUAGCUGAUGUAUUUCACCGUCUUCGAUACGGUGAUCGUUUCUUUUUUGAUAUGGAAGGUCAACCGGGAAGCUAUUCUCCAGAAAAAUUGAGCAGUUUGAAACACAUGGAUCUUCCUUGCGUAAUAUGUGCCACAACAAAAAUGGAUGAAGUACCAUCUAAUAUUUUUGAGCCAAUAGGAUAUUCAAAAAUGGUUAAAUGCCAAGAUCAUUUAUUAAACUUGGAUCUUAGUGCUUGGAGAGAAUCUCCAUAGUUUGAUGGACACAUGUGAAACGUCAAUUGCAUAGGAAUGAGGCGCUAUAAUUUAAAAUUAUAAAUAAAUAAAAUAAAUACUAGCAUGUUAAAUAUAUUUCACAAUCAAAAUAA